GAAUUCUUCAAGUUUUAACGACCAUUAUGCCAGAACUUCCAGAGGUCGAGCGGGCGGUGAAGCAAAUUAAGCGUUUAGCUCUGAACAAGACAAUUCAAAGAGUGGAAACUACGGAAGACAACAUUAUAUUUUCGGGAAUAACUCAUGAGGACUUUGCCAAUGAAAUCACGGGCAGAAAGAUCACCGGUGUCAAACGCUAUGGUUCUAUGCUAUGCUUUGUAUCCCAUAUGGUGCUCAACAUUGACGCUCAAAUCGUAGGCAAAUCAUUCUAUUUGGAACUUGACGGACAAGGGAAGCUGCCAGUUUUACACUUUGGAAUGACGGGAAUGCUCCAGGUGAAAGGCGAGAAACCCAUGUACUACAAAGAGACCCCGAAGAGUGCAUCUACUGAUUGGCCGCCUCGCUUUAUGAAGUUCAUUCUGCAUAUGCGAGACGAGCGUACACAAGCAACUGCUGAGAUAGCCUUCAUGGAUGCGCGAAGACUGGGCAAGAUCCGCCUUCGUGCUUGUCCCGAUAAGGAGGCCCCGAUAUCUGAACUUGGUUUCGAUCCAAUCUUAUGCAUGCCUUCCUUGGAGGUGUUUGAACCCCUGGUAAUGAAACGAAGUUGUCCAAUCAAAGCACUUCUUUUGGAUCAAUCCUUCAGCGCAGGAGUAGGUAACUGGGUGGCAGACGAGAUUCUUUACCAUUCCCGUAUACAUCCCGAGCAAAGAUGUAACACGCUGACAACAACUCAGAUUGGAAAUCUACAUCAAUUCACGAAGUUCGUUUGCGAGACUGCUGUCUCAGUUGAUGCCGACGCCACGAAAUUUCCAGAAGAUUGGUUAUUUAAGCAUCGAUGGGGGAAAGGAAAGAAGACAAACGCAGACCCUUUGAAACUGGUUUCAGGUGAUCUUGCAACUAUAAAAUGGGUCACCGUUGGGGGGCGGACAUCAGCAUAUGUCGCGGAAUUGCAACAACUUACGAGCCAGGCGCCAGUCCCUUUGAUUAAAAAGCGCACAACCCGUUCGCAUUUACUGGAAGAAGACAGCGAGAGUGACCUUUCAGUGCUAACCGAUUCGGAUCCAGAAGUAUCACAACCUUCAUCGAAAAAGCGGAAGAAGGCUGCCGCGGAACCAAGAAAGAUCAAGUCGAAGCUACAGAGAAAGCAGAACACGAAAUAGUAGAUGACGAAUAAUAUAUGUAUCAAACUAUUCACUUUCAUCCCCUUCUUCGUCAGUAAACUCUUCUUCUGCUUCGUCAUCAAUGAAUCCGUUCAUUGUAGGGUCUUCUUCGUCGUCA